CAUUGCCGGCGCCCUGACUUGCUCUCCCAGCCGAGAAUGCAGGCUGAGAAAUGCAGAACAAGCAGCAGAAACGCCAAGAAAGAGCUUGUGAUCGAGUCUCCGCUGCAGCACAAGGAUGCGGCGCAGGCAGACGCAGAGGUGGAGAGCCCGGGGCCAGUGCUGGCAAAGCCAAAGCUCAUUGAGCCACUGGACUAUGAGACUGUCCUUGUUCAGAAGAAGACGCAGAUCUUGAAUGACUGCCUCAGGGAGAUGCUGCUUUUCCCCUACGAUGACUUCCAGACUGCGAUUCUCAGACGACAGGGUCGAUACAUCUGCUCCACGGUUCCCGCAAACGCAGAACAGGAGGCACACAGCUUAUUUGUCACGGAGUGCAUCAAAACGUAUAACUCUGACUGGCAUCUUGUGAAUUAUAAAUAUGAAGAUUACUCAGGAGAGUUUCGGCAGCUUCCAAACAAAGCGGCCAAGUUGGAUAAGCUUCCAGCUCACGUCUAUGAAGUUGAUGAGGAAGUCGACAAAGAUGAGGACGCGGCCUCCCUCGGUUCUCAGAAAGGUGGCAUCACCAGGCACGGGUGGCUGUACAAAGGCAACAUGAACAGUGCGAUCAGCGUGACCAUGCGGUCCUUUAAGAGACGCUUUUUCCACCUGAUUCAACUGGGUGACGGAUCCUAUAAUUUGAACUUUUAUAAAGAUGAAAAGAUCUCCAAAGAGCCGAAAGGAUCGAUCUUUUUGGAUUCCUGCAUGGGUGUGGUUCAGAACAACAAAGUCCGGCGUUUUGCUUUUGAGCUUAAGAUGCAGGACAAGAGUAGCUAUCUUUUGGCUGCAGACAGUGAAGUGGAAAUGGAAGACUGGAUCACCACUCUAAACAAGAUUCUCCAGCUCAACUUUGAAGCUGCAAUGCAAGAAAAGCGAAACGGAGACGCUCAUGAAGAUGACGAACAAAGCAAAUUGGAAGGUCCCGGAUCCGGCUUAGACAGUUACCUGCCUGAACUUGCCAAGAGUACCCGAGAAGCCGAAAUCAAGCUGAAAAGUGAGAGCAGAGUCACACUGUUUCACUUAGACCCUGAUGCCCAGAAGCUUGACUAUUCAUUAGCCGAGCCAGAUGUGAAGCCAUUCGAAGAGAAGUUUGGAAAGCGAAUUCUUGUCAGAUGCAAUGAUUUGUCUUUCAACCUGCAAUGCUGUGUGGCUGAAAAUGAAGAAGGACCCACAACGAAUGUAGAGCCUUUCUUUGUCACUCUAUCCCUAUUCGACGUGAAGUGCAAUCAGAAGAUUUCUGCCGACUUCCACGUGGACCUGAACCAUUUCUCAGUGAGGCAGAUGCUGGCCACCACGCCCCCGGCCCUGCUGAAUGGCAGCGGACAGAGCUCGCCUGCCCUUCGGGACACCCUUCAGGAAGCUGCCAUGCAGUACCCGAAGCAGGGGGUCUUUUCAGUCACGUGUCCUCAUCCCGAUAUAUUCCUUGUGGCCAGGAUUGAGAAAGUCCUCCAGGGAAGCAUCACCCACUGCGCAGAGCCCUACAUGAAAAGUUCGGACUCUUCUAAGGUUGCUCAGAAGGUGCUGAAGAAUGCCAAGCAGGCAUGCCAAAGACUAGGACAGUACCGAAUGCCGUUUGCUUGGGCAGCAAGGACAUUGUUUAAGGAUGCAUCUGGAAACCUCGACAAGAAUGGCAGGUUUUCUGCUCUCUACAAGCAAGACAGCAAUAAGCUAUCAAACGAUGACAUGCUCAAGUUACUUGCAGACUUCCGGAAACCUGAGAAGAUGGCGAAACUCCCGGUGAUUUUAGGCAAUCUUGACAUUACCCUGGACAACGUUUCCUCCGACUUGCCUAAUUACGUUAACUCAUCAUACAUUCCCACGAAACAAUUUGACACCUGCACCAAAAUCCCCAUCACGUUUGAAGUCGAGGAAUUUGUGCCCUGCAUCCCCAAACACACUCAGCCGUACACGGUCUACAGCAAUCACUUGUAUGUUUAUCCUAAGUACUUGAAAUAUGACAGUCAGAAGUCCUUUGCCAAGGCUAGAAAUAUCGCUGUUUGCAUCGAAUUUAAAGAUUCCGAUGAAGAGGAUGCUCAGCCUCUGGAGAGCAUUUAUGGCAGACCUGGCGGGCCAGUGUUCACGAGAAGCGCCUUUGCUGCGGUUUUACACCAUCACCAAAACCCAGAAUUUUAUGAUGAGAUUAAAAUAGAAUUACCCACCCAGCUCCACGAGAGGCACCACUUGCUGUUCACAUUCUUCCACGUCAGCUGUGAUAACUCAAGUAAAGGAAGCACAAAGAAGAAGGACGUGGUCGAAACACAAGUUGGGUAUUCCUGGCUUCCGCUCCUGAAGGAUGGAAGGGUGGUGACGAAUGAGCAGCACAUCCCCGUGGCGGUGAACCUUCCAUCUGGCUACCUUGGCUACCCGGAGCUUGGGAUGGGCAGGCAUUAUGGUCCAGAAAUUAAAUGGGUAGAUGGAGGCAAGCCACUGUUGAAAGUUUCGACGCACCUGGUCUCUACCGUGUACACUCAGGAUCAGCAUUUACAUAACUUUUUCCAGUACUGUCAGAAAACGGAAUCGGGAGCCCAAGCCUUAGGGAACGAACUUGUAAAAUACCUUAAGAGUCUUCACGCCAUGGAGGGCCAUGUGAUGAUUGCCUUCCUGCCCACCAUCUUAAACCAGCUGUUCCGAGUCCUCACCAGGGCCACCCAGGAGGACGUCGCCGUCAAUGUGACGCGGGUCAUUAUUCACGUGGUUGCCCAAUGCCAUGAGGAAGGACUGGAGAGCCACUUGAGGUCGUAUGUGAAGUAUGCAUACAAGGCUGAGCCAUAUGUUACCUCUGAAUAUAAGACGGUGCAUGAAGAACUGACCAAAUCCAUGACCAUCAUUCUCAAGCCUUCUGCCGAUUUCCUCACCAGCAACAAACUCCUUAAGUAUUCCUGGUUUUUCUUUGAUGUCUUGAUAAAAUCCAUGGCUCAGCAUUUGAUAGAGAACUCCAAAGUGAAGGUAUUGCGCAACCAGAGGUUCCCUGCAUCCUAUCAUCACGCGGUGGAAACGGUCGUCACUAUGCUGAUGCCCCACAUCACUCAGAAGUUCCGCGACAACCCGGAGGCAUCGAAAAAUGCCAACCACAGCCUUGCUGGCUUCAUCAAGAGAUGUUUCACCUUCAUGGACAGGGGCUUUGUAUUUAAACAGAUCAACAACUACAUCAGCUGCUUUGCUCCCGGGGACCCAAAGACCCUUUUUGAAUACAAAUUUGAAUUUCUCCGUGUGGUGUGCAAUCAUGAACAUUAUAUUCCAUUGAAUCUACCAAUGCCAUUUGGGAAAGGUCGGAUUCAACGAUAUCAAGACCUCCAGCUGGAUUACUCGCUGACAGAUGAGUUCUGCAGAAACCACUUCUUGGUGGGGUUGCUGCUGCGGGAGGUGGGCACUGCCCUGCAGGAGUUCCGGGACGUCCGCCUCCUUGCCAUCAGUGUGCUCAAGAACCUGCUCAUCAAGCACUCUUUCGAUGACAGAUACGCUUCACGGAGCCAUCAAGCAAGGAUAGCCACUCUCUACCUACCUCUGUUUGGUCUACUGAUCGAAAACGUCCAGCGGAUCAAUGUGAGGGACGUGUGCCCCUUCCCUGUGAACCCCGGCAGUACUGUGAAGGAUGACUCACUUAACUUGCCAGCUGUGAACCCCUUAGUGACACCGCAGAAGUCGAGCAACACGUUGGACAACAACCUGCACAAAGACCUCUUCGGUGCUAUCUCUGGCAUCGCUUCUCCAUACACAACUUCAACUCCAAACGUCAACAGUGUGAGGAGUGCUGACUCGAGAGGAGCCCUCGUCAGCACAGAUUCGGGCACCAGCCUUCCAGAGAGGAGCAAUGAGAAAAGCAAUUCCCUGGAUAAGCACCAGCAAAGCGGCACUCUGGGAAAUUCGGUGGUUCGGUGCGACAAGCUCGACCAGUCUGAGAUUAAGAGCCUGCUGAUGUGUUUCCUUUACAUCUUAAAAAGCAUGUCUGAUGAUGCUUUGUUUACGUAUUGGAACAAGGCCUCGACGUCUGAGCUGAUGGAUUUUUUUACGAUAUCAGAAGUCUGCCUGCACCAGUUCCAGUACAUGGGAAAGAGAUACAUCGCCAGAACAGGGAUGAUGCAUGCCAGAUUGCAGCAGCUGGGCAGCCUGGAUAACUCUCUCACUUUUAACCACAGCUAUGGCCACUCGGACGCCGACGUGCUCCACCAGUCCUUACUGGAAGCCAACAUCGCCACCGAGGUGUGCCUCACGGCUCUGGACACCCUCUCCCUGUUCACACUGGCAUUUAAGAACCAGCUCCUGGCUGACCAUGGGCACAAUCCUCUCAUGAAAAAAGUGUUUGCGGUUUACCUCUGUUUCCUUCAAAAACAUCAGUCUGAGACGGCUUUAAAGAACGUCUUCACGGCCUUGAGGUCAUUGAUUUAUAAGUUCCCCUCGACGUUUUACGAGGGGCGAGCAGACAUGUGCGCGGCGCUCUGCUAUGAGAUCCUCAAGUGCUGUAACUCCAAGCUGAGCUCCAUCCGCACGGAGGCCUCGCAGCUGCUCUACUUCCUGAUGAGGAAUAACUUCGACUACACCGGCAAGAAGUCCUUCGUGCGGACGCACCUGCAGGUGAUCAUCUCCGUCAGCCAGCUGAUAGCAGACGUUGUUGGCAUUGGGGGGACCAGGUUCCAGCAGUCCCUGUCCAUCAUCAACAACUGUGCCAACAGUGACAGGCUCAUCAAGCACACCAGCUUCUCCUCGGAUGUAAAGGAUCUGACCAAAAGGAUACGCACCGUCCUGAUGGCCACGGCCCAGAUGAAGGAGCACGAGAACGACCCGGAGAUGCUGGUGGACCUGCAGUACAGCCUGGCCAAGUCCUACGCCAGCACCCCCGAGCUCAGGAAGACCUGGCUCGACAGCAUGGCCAGGAUCCACGUCAAAAAUGGGGAUCUCUCUGAGGCGGCGAUGUGCUACGUCCAUGUAACGGCCCUGGUGGCAGAGUACCUCACACGGAAAGAAGCAGACAUAGCCCUCCGCCGGGAGCCGCCCCUCUUCCCCUACAGCCACGGCACCGGCCAGAGGAGGAGCCGGGGAGGCAUGUUUCGACAGGGGUGCAUCGCCUUCAGGGUCAUUACCCCGAACAUCGACGAGGAGGCCUCCAUGAUGGAAGAUGUCGGCAUGCAGGACGUCCAUUUCAACGAGAGGCUGGCCCAUCUGUACGACACACUGCACCGUGCCUACAGCAAGGUGACCGAGGUCAUGCACUCGGGCCGCAGACUCCUGGGCACCUACUUCCGAGUGGCCUUCUUUGGGCAGGCUGCGCAAUACCAGUUUACAGACAGUGAAACAGAUGUGGAGGGGUUCUUUGAAGAUGAAGAUGGAAAGGAGUAUAUUUACAAAGAACCCAAGCUCACGCCUCUAUCAGAAAUUUCGCAAAGACUCCUUAAACUCUACUCGGAUAAAUUUGGUUCCGAAAAUGUCAAAAUGAUACAGGAUUCUGGCAAGGUCAACCCUAAGGAUCUGGAUUCCAAAUAUGCGUAUAUCCAGGUGACUCACGUGACCCCGUUCUUUGAUGAAAAAGAACUGCAGGAGAGGAAGACGGACUUCGAGAGAUCGCACAACAUCCGGCGCUUCAUGUUUGAGAUGCCCUUCACGCAGGCGGGAAAGCGGCAGGGCGGGGUGGCGGAGCAGUGCAAGCGGCGCACAGUGCUCACUGCCAUACACUGCUUCCCAUAUGUGAAGAAGCGGAUCCCCGUCAUGUACCAGCACCACACCGACCUGAACCCCAUCGAGGUGGCCAUUGACGAAAUGAGCAAGAAGGUGGCCGAGCUGCGGCAGCUGUGCUGCUGCGCAGAGGUGGAUAUGAUCAAACUCCAGCUCCAGCUCCAGGGCAGCGUGAGCGUCCAGGUCAAUGCUGGUCCACUGGCGUAUGCCCGAGCUUUCUUAGAUGUCACAAACACGAAAAGAUACCCUGACAAUAAGGUGAAGUUGCUUAAAGAAGUUUUCAGACAAUUUGUAGAAGCGUGUGGUCAAGCCUUAGUGGUCAAUGAACGUCUGAUUAAAGAAGACCAAUUAGAGUAUCAGGAAGAAAUGAAGGCCAACUACAGGGAAAUGGCAAAGGAGCUUUCUGAAAUUAUGCAUGAGCAGAUCUGCCCCCUGGAGGAGAAGUCGAGCGUCCUGCCCAACUCACUCCACAUCUUCAACGCCAUCAGCGGGACACCAACAAGCACAAUGGUUCAUGGGAUGACCAGCUCUUCUUCCGUGGUGUGAGCGCCGGUGUGGACUCCCUUUGUCAUUUGCAAACUCGGGAUGAUCUUCCCAGCCCAUCACGGGGCGAGGCCCAGGGAAGGCCGGGCAUGAGGGGGCAGAAAAGAAAGACUCAUGACGUCAGAGCAGGUUUUCCAUAGUUGUAACCAGAGAGGGUGCACAUAUUUUUUUAAAGACAGCACUGGCAAUAUAUAAAGUGUUCAUUGUGUCUUAACAGGGUGCAUAAUGGGCAUGCUCACACCGUGGGCAAGUUUUAUUCUUCCUUAAAGAGUUGUGUUUAAUGGCCUCAAACGAACAAGCUUUGGGGGGUGGGGGGCGAGGGGGGAGCAGCAGUAGCCCUGAAACUGAGGGUGGGUUGGACAUUUUGCCUCAAGGCUAGAGAUGGAAAACCUUGAAGAUAUUUUUUUCCCUCCCUGUGGCACAUUCAGGUUGAAUACAAGAACUAUUUUUGUGACUAGUUUUUGAUGACUAAAGGAAUUGACCGAUGUAACUUUUGUACUGGUGAAAUCAGGAGGGUUCGUGCUUUUAUACUUAUUUACUUGCAUAAAAAAGAGAGAGAGUGAAGCUUAGACAACCAUGUGAGCUUCAAACUAGUCAAACAGUUUAGAGCCAAAGGCCUGUAUUAAGAAACAUAACUAUGCUAAAAAAAAUAGAGAGCGAACAGGAAAAGUUCAUAGAGCGCUAUGUACAUAUCAUUUGUUAAUACGGUCCCCGCACCCUGUACAUACACACUGCAUUUCUACCCAUUUUUAAUCCUCCCAUGGGCUUCUGCAUUAAGUGUGACGAGUGUGUGUUGUUGUUAGUAGAUGCAAAAUGCACUCGGCUUCCCUGUUUUAUUCUUGUACAUACAUUAAGUGCAAUAUGCAGGUGUAUACAGUCUGUGCUGUGUCGUUAGGUUUUAAACUGUUUAACAAUGUUUCAUCCUUUUGCCAAAGUGAUGGAGUCCGUAACUGGCGAGUCACCGAUCCCGUGGCAAGCGGUGGGAUACUUUAAAGCUUUCACCAUGAUAUAUUUUCUUUGGAGACAUUAAUUUAGUAAUUUUAUAUUGGGGGAAAUAGAGGACUUUAAUUUUAUUUAACUGGAAUCACUACCCUGCUGUAAUUAAACCAUCUGUACCACAUCCAUAUUAAAAACAACGUUGCUGAUUUC